GCGGCGAACGGAAGCUCGGGUCGGUUGUUUCUUCAGCCAGCGGGCAGCUAAGAUGUUGGCCGUCCUGUCUGUGCUGUUUUUCUGUUUCAACCCGGUUUUGUGCGUCUUCCAGAGGCUUUACUGCAGCAUCUCGGACAGCUGCGACUGCGACUUCAAGCCCAACAUCAGAGACUUGGAGUGGGAUCUCUACAAGAAUGUCUUCGGUCAACAUCUGGUUCAGGACGUCGUGUCCGAGGAGGUGGCCAGGUUCCUUCAGAAUAAAAGCCCCGACCGGCCCCUGGUGCUGUCGUUCCACGGCUCCUCGGGGACGGGGAAGACGAUGGUCAGCUCCAUGUUAGGGAACCAUCUGUACGGCUCGGCCAUGAGCAGCCCCUACGUCCAUCAGUUCAUCCCCACGCUGCACUUCCCCUCAGCCCAGCGGGUCAACCGGUACCGGAAUGAGUUGAGGAGUUGGGUUCAGGGAAACCUGACUGAAUGCGCCCGAUCCGUCUUUAUAUUCGACGAGAUGGAAAAGAUGCCUCCGGGCCUCAUCGACGUCCUGGAACCUUUUCUGGGUCCCUCACAUAUUGUGUUUCGCACAAACUACCGCAAAGCCAUCUACGUCUUCAUCAGCACCACAGGACAGGAGGUGAUCUAUAAAGUAGCUCUGGAGAACCGGCAGGCCGGACGGGAAAGAGAAGAGAUCGAGUUAAUGGACCUGCAGGACGCCUUAAGAGAGGCUGUUUACAGCGACAACACUAGUGCUUUCUUCCAGUCCAGCAUCAUCCAGCAGAACCUCAUCACCAGAUUCGUUCCCUUCCUGCCUCUGACUCGUUGCCACGUCCAGCGCUGCGUCCGCUCGCAGCUCUGCCAGCGGGGGAGCUGCAGCCGCCAUGACGUGGUGGAGGCAGUAGGGGGCGACAUGCAGUACUCCCCCGUCCAGGACCAGUACUUCUCCACCACCGGCUGCAAGGCCGUCCCCGCCAAAAUCAACUUCUUCCUCUGAGGUUUUUACUCCAGGAUCUAAAGGGAAGCUCCUUCUGAGGCGAGUCAGAGAUGGAAAACUGAACUCUCCUGAACUCUGAGAGCAGCGUCUCAAAUACCGUGGCUUGAUUUAGUUUUUAACGUCAGUAUUUGUCCAUCCUUAAAUUAUUUUCACAUUAACACAGCUGGAGAGACGACACGUUCUACCUGGAACCUCUUCUGUUUGUUCUUCAACUAGAACAACGACUUUAACCCUCUGAACUCCCACAAGCAGUUUGCACUCAUUUCAAGUCCAAUACGAAGUCCUGAACCUCUACAGAAACAAAGAACAGAGACACAAAACGACAAAAAUGAGACACAAAACAUCAAAAAUGUGACACUAAAUGACAAAAAGCAGACAUAAAAUGACAAAAACGAGACAGAAAAUGACAAAAACAAGACAAAAAAAACGAUAAAAAGGUGACACUAAAUGACAAAAAUGAGGCAAAAACAACAGAAAUGUGGAUUUUCCAGCUACGAAGCUGAUUUUAAGAAAAGUUGUGGCAGUCAGUUUUUGAUGACAUUUUGGAGCAAGUUGUUGGAGAUACAUUCAGCAUGGUGAAACAUCUUCUAAACUAACCCUAACAAAAAUGACCGUAAGGACACACAAAAUGACAAAAACUAGACAAAAUAACAAAAAUGAGACACAAAAUGACAAAAACGAAACUGAAAACGACAGAAAUGAGACACAAAACGACAAAAACUGGACAAAAUGACAAAAACUAGACAAAAAACUACAGAAACAAGACACAAAAUAAGACAAAAAAAGAGACAAAAAAUGACAAAAAUGAGACAAAAAACGAGACACAAAAUAACAAAAACGAGACAAAAAAAAGAACUUCAUCUGUAUUUUUUCAAACUAGAACUACAUUAACCCUCUAAACUCCCAAGAGAAGUUUUUACUCAUUUUAAGUAAAUAUAAAGUCCUGAACUUCUACGGAAUCAGAACAUCCCAAGAAAUGUCUUCUGUGCAGAAUGAAAGUCCAAUUUCUUACAUUAUUUGUCACUGAAAUUAAAACAAUAUCUGAAAGAAACAUGUAUAAAACAGCAAAAAGUCUAGAUAUGUAACUAUUUACAAUUUUAAUUUGUCUCCUAUCUGUUUGGUUUCAACACUGCCUGCAGUUCAACCGAAAAGUUCCUAAAUGGACACAACCAUGACUAAAAGUCGACAAAACUCUACUUUCGUCUGUGCAGAAUGGCAGAAAUUAUAAAGAAAAGGACACAAGAAAGUUGAAUUUCUUUCGUUAUUUGUCUCAUUUGAUUCAUCCACUAGCUUUGGUUUUCUCUCAUUUCCUGUCUCAUUUUUGUCAUUUUGUGUCUCAUUUCAGCAUUUUUUUGCAUCUUUGGGACAGUUUGGUCUCUUUGUGGUCCCUUUGUGUAUCCUUUUUGUUGUUCUGUGUCAUAUUUUUGGGAUUUUGUGUCUUGUUUUCAUCCUCGUGUGAUUUUUUUGGUGCCAUUUUGUGGUUGUUUUGUCUCCACAUACUGCAGAUAUUUAUCUGUUUCCAUGUUUACUAGCUGCACUGCCUGCACUUCAACCUGAAAUCUACAAAUUUUUGUCAAAUCCCUGUUGGUUACAGCUCAGUCAUUCGUGGCUUUUUUGUUUUGCAGAGGAGCAACGAAUUUUUUGGACUUUUUAAUAGAAUUUGGUUGGAAAAAACGGCUUAUUUUUGGCGAUAUUUUAAGAUGAGAUAUUAUGAUUUUAAGCUCGGUUUCAGUUAAUUUUCCUGAUUAUCUACAUUUUCUGGCUCGUCUAAAUGAUGUAAUUAAUAUUUUUUUAAAAGAUAACCCGCUCUUCAAACCUGCCGGCAGGUUUUGGGGUUCAGAGGGUUCAUUUCUGCACAGAGAAGCUGGUUUAUGUUGGUAAAAAUCAAUUCUCUGUCUUCAUUUCACAGCUCCAGUUUUUUUUUAAAAAGAGGAUGAAAUUCCAUACAUUUCCUGGUAAGUUUUGCAGCUAAACUGUCUUUUAUCUGGAUGUAAACGGUGUUGGAUGGUGUGGGGUUUUUUUGGUGAUUAGGAAACUAAAAAUGUUCCGGGACUGAAAAACAUCUCGAGUCAAGCUGAGGUUCUACAUCUGGAGCCACGACAGUUUUUACAAAUGAAAUAAUAAGAAAAAAAGACGGAUUUUACUUGAAAACAUUAAAGCUCCAGGAGGAUUCAGAUCUCAGUUUGUGCCACUAGGAGGCAGCAGAGACCAGAUGGAGCCAAUAGACUGUUUAUCAUUGAUGGAACCAAUAGAGGAGAUGAAGAAUCAGUUCUAUUGGAUGGAAACAAACUACAGGAAGCACUUUAUGGACAAUUAAAGACUUUUUACUCUG